AAACGAUGAGGAGAAACGAAGAGCCCUAAAUCAGUUUGGAAGGCCGGCCGCAAGUAGGAUCCGGAACGGUCCGGUGAUUUUAUCCAACAGCCUGGUCUCGUUUUCCGCCCCGGCCGGCUCUGAGGCGGUUCCAUCAUGUACCAAAAGUGGGGAGGGAAGAGGGAAGACCCCCCGAGUGAGGAUGGGCCCCCCCCCUAAUGACCGCGUGCCUCAGACUUCGAGGCAGGAGCGAGGCUGCGGGCCUGGAGACCUGCUGUGCAGUCUUUCCCUCAGCGCCGUCCUCGCCGCGCUCCGGGCCGCGCUCCCCGCCCGAUCGGCUCAGCAGGACCAGUUGGCGCGGCUCCCCUCACCGCAGAACGACCUCUCGGUGACCAUGUUUCCCAACACCGGGAAACUAGCAGGAUGUACUCUCUUCAUCACUGGCGCAAGCCGAGGCAUUGGCAAGGCAAUUGCCCUGAAAGCCGCCAGGGAUGGAGCAAAUGUUGUGAUUGCCGCAAAGACCACCCAGCCUCAUCCAAAGCUCCCUGGGACGAUCUAUAGUGCUGCUGAAGAAAUUGAAGCUGUUGGUGGAAGAGCCUUGCCUUGUGUAGUUGAUGUGAGGGAUGAAAAACAAAUCAGCGAUGCAGUGGAACAAGCAGUCCAGAGAUUUGGAGGUAUUGACGUCUUGGUUAACAAUGCCAGCGCUAUCAGUUUAACCAACACGUUGGAAACACCUACAAAGAGAGUGGAUCUGAUGCUGAGUGUUAACACCAGGGGAACCUAUCUUACCUCUAAAGCGUGCAUCCCUUACUUGAAAAAGAGCAGAAUUGCCCAUAUCCUUAAUCUGAGCCCACCGCUAAACCUGAAUCCAGCCUGGUUCAAACAACACUGUGCGUAUACCAUCGCUAAAUAUGGGAUGUCCAUGUGUGUACUUGGAAUGGCAGAAGAAUUUAAAGGAGAAAUUGCAGUCAAUGCCUUAUGGCCUAAAACAGCCAUACAUACUGCUGCGAUGGAUAUGUUGGGAGGAUCUGGUGUAGAAAACCAGUGCAGGAAAGUUGAUAUCAUUGCAGAUGCUGCUUAUUCCAUUUUUAAUAAGCCAAAAAGUUUUACUGGCAACUUUGUUAUUGAUGAACAACUGCUGAGGGAAGAUGGGAUAGAAGAUUUUGACAUCUAUGCAGUUAAACCAGGCUAUCCUUUGCUUCCGGACUUCUUCUUAGAUGACCAUCCUGAUGACAUAGCCUUGAAAAUGGAGACACAGGGUGCUACUCCAGCAUUUGCAGAGGUGACAACCCAAGAACAAGUACCUACCCCUUCUGGAGCCGUUGAACAAACUUUUAGAAUCGUUAAGGCAGCUCUGAGUGAAGAAGUUGUGAAGUCCACCCAGGCAAUUUAUCUGUUUGAACUAUCUGGUGAGAGCGGUGGAACUUGGUACCUUGAUCUGAAGAACAACAGUGGCAGUGCUGGCUAUGGAACACCACCUGAUAAGGUAGAUGUGGUGAUGAGCAUGUCCACCAGCGACUUUGUGAAAAUGUUUUCAGGAAAACUAAAGCCAACAAUGGCAUUCAUGUCAGGAAAGCUGAAGAUUAAAGGUAACAUGUCUCUGGCCAUCAAGUUGGAAAGAUUAAUGAAUCAAGUAAACUCCAAACUGUAACAGGGCGUAAUACCAUGUAAGCCACCAGCCUUAAGUAAAAACCUCUUCGUUAAAAGCACUAAUGUUUGAUUUUUAUUUUUCUGUUUCAUUAAGUGAUUCAAGUUUGCGCUAAUAGAAUCUGUAUGUCAGCACAACUGGAAAGGGUAAUUUAAACAGUAAGCUCAUCUACUUCCACCCAGACUUGUAAAGCGUACCCAUUCCCCAAUGGGCUCUACUCUUAUCACAUAUUAUAUUUUUUGUGAGGUGCUGGAUUAAAUCCACCUAGCAAGUCGAACUCGUUAUCAUUUGUCAUUCAUUGUUCAGUAGCCUAAAGGCAUUUCCCUUUAUUGUCAGAAGCUAAACUAGCUGCUCCUUAUCCAAACAUUAGUGACCUAAGAAGCAAAAUCGAGUUCAAAUCUGUUCUCUCUCAAAAUAUUUUUACCAGAUGCUAUAGUAAAGCGAGAUAAUUUUAAAAUUAAUUUGGGAUUUUGAAUGAAUGAGAAUCUUAUUGUCAGGUUUAUGUACUCUCUGUUUUCAAGAAAUCUUUCAGUGAUUCGUUUUGAUAGGUGCGAGUAUACUCUUAGUAAGGAGAGUUUGUAAGCCAACUACAGUGUUUGCAGCAUACAUUCUGUUUCCCCCAAAGUAUGUGUAAAUGCGCUGAAAUAAAAAUAAAUGUUUUUCUCUUC